GUCACCUGUCACGCUUAUAUGGUAUUUGAUAAAUACGAGUGCGUCCGUCCGUCCAGGACGUUCGCUUGUCUUCAUAUAAACCCCCAUGGCCAGCCCAGCGCCGGCCCCUGAACCAGUGCCUGCAACUAAUGGCACCUCCGAUGCCGAACUCGACAUCGCCAAACUACAUGCUCUUCCAACCGAACAGCAAGACCUGUUCUUGCUGACCUUCGUCUCCGAUCUGCAACAUCACGUCGAACAACUCUCCGCCGAAGCCUUGCCUGCGCAUCAGGCAUCGAUCAAGAAGGAGGUCAUCAAGAUUGUCGGGCUCGGAGCACCAACUCCAUCGCGCGUUGUCCGCAACACCCUGGGUAGAAUCCUAGGAGAUGCCUUCGGGCGAGGCAGUCGAAGCCUGCUUUAUGAAACUAUAAACGACCUCGUGUCUAUAUUGAAUGCAGGGAAAAAUGACAAAGAGGUGGGCGCAAGACAUGCGGCUGCGGUAUGCUUGGGUGCUCUCUACCGCUCGGCUGGUGACAGUGCUAUAAGUUUGUCUGGACUCGUUGUUGCGAGUCUGCUUAAGCUUCUGAAGUCAUCCCACACGGGAACUCGUGGCUGUGUCUUCAGAGCACUUGGCGCUUUGGUGAUCGGGAUUCAAACCAGCCUGGACGAAAAUGUGGCUCGAGACAUCUGGAAACAGGCCCGAAGUGCUGCGGCGAAUGACAAGUCUGCAUUUGUGCAAAGGUGUGCAUGCUCCUGUAUGCGCAGUCUGGUCACCGAGACAACCUACUUCAACAACUCGGCAGACUUUGACAGCCUCAAGAACAGUCUUUGGAAGGCCAUCGACAGCUCAAUCUCGUCUGUCAGGCAUUCUGCGGCCGCAGCUGUGGCCGCAGCUCUGAAACAGGCAUUUUCAGAAAGCGGGCCCACCGAGGUCCCGGUCAUACGAAAGCCAAAGAAGUCAAAGAAGGCUGGCGCGGCCCUGGACGAGGAUGGAGAACAAGACCGCGUAGCCUCUCCAGCUCCCAGCCAGGGCAAGGCAUCUGUCCAGUUAUCCAUGUCCCUGAACGACAUCCUACGAGUACUAUCGCAACAAUACUGUAGAACCUCAACCAGCAACCGAGCACGUGCCGGCAUUGCCAUGGGCUAUAGAUACCUACUCCGCCUACUACCACGCAAAACAUUAGAGGAAAAAUACGCAACCAUCGCAGUACAUACGUAUGGCGAUCUGCUGAAUAAUCCUACUGUGUCCGCCAACCGCUACCGACUGCUACUCACUCGGAAGCUUGUCCAGUGGAUCCUGAACGACGUUACGGGCCUCCUUACAGAAAAUGCUCAAAUCAACGCGGCCCGACAUUUAAUCAACGAUGUCCUCAAGAACUACCCUCAGGUGAUGCCGGAGAGAAAGGAGCCUUCCAAACGGAUAUUAACAGGGGCUAUUUCAACGUUGACCGACUUGCUUACCAGACUGGGUCCUGCGUCCAACGUCCUUCAAGACUCGUGUCGGGAAGCGCUCUUCCAAGUCGUCCAGCACCCGAGCCACACAGUUCAGAGCCAUGCUGUGCAAUGCUUCAAGGCGUUCGUCCUCGCAUGCCCGAGUCAGCUGGUCCGCAGCAUAGAGCAUGCCAUGUCACAAUUGCACAAAGAGUUCCAACCAUCAAGCGAGGUCAAAUACCCUCAUCGAAAAUCUCUAGGGUAUGCUUCAACUAUUGCUGUGAUGAUCAGUUGUGUGCCCCAGAGACCGCUCUACGGCUCGACUCAGAUCUAUUCCAACGUUUUCACCUUUGCGACGGACCUCCUCAAGUCAAGUGCUGCUGCGGAAUUGCGCGUGUCGGCCAUGCAGGUACAGGUAGCUUGGACACUGAUUAGUGGUAUCACCUCGCUUGGACCAAGUUUUGUCAAGGUGCAUUUGAACCAAUUGAUGCUUUUAUGGAGAAAUGCUCUGCCUCCUCCGUUGACGCACGAGAAUGCUGCUAAAAGGGGACAUCUAGAAUUAAGUUUCUUGUCGCAUGUUCGAGAGUGUGCAUUGAGUGCCCUGUUGAUGUUCCUCUCAUCUUGCAGCACGCUGGUAACGACAGAUGGUUCCAAGCGCAUUUCGACAAUGCUGCACAACACCAUUCUGUUUUUGGAAAGCCUCCCGUCUACCAGGGAAGCCGACGAUAUCUCUCAACGUCUAGUUCCGGCGCUGCAGCUACAAGAUCUUACGAUCCUCCUGCGCCGACGAGUCCUCCAAUGUUUCACGGCAGUGGCCGGUCUAAAACAUCUGGAUCAAAGCGAGGUGGUAUCGCACUCCGACCUUAUCGGUCUCACUACAAGAACUUUCACGGAUCCUGAGCGUCCCAUCAUGAAAAAUCUGGAAACAUCAUUGACAAACGCUGCCAGCAACUUUGAAGGCCUUUGGACCACGAGUGACAACUGGGGCUUUGGUGUCUGCAGUUUGACUGACAGCUUCGACACGUACCUGCCAUUCGAGAAUCACCUACAGCUGAGUCAUCGAACCUCACCGGAGCAGGAAUUCUCACUUCCUGAUCUUUCAAUCCAGUCUCCCUCGCUGGCGGCUAUAGAGCACGAUCCAGUGUUGAUCAUUAGACAGGGUUCGGGUCCCGAGGAAGCAGAGCUGAGCUCCCCUGCAACAUCAUGCGUCAAUCUUGCUAUCAAACUAUUCGCGAUAUCUCUACCCUUGCAGUCUCCCCGGGUCCAGGAGAGCACAGUAGAACAGCUCAUUACAGCGAUAUCUCAGCCUCUCCAGCGUGAGCCUGGCAAGAAGGCUGCAAUGCAGAUCAACUCGGCACUGGCCUUCCUCUGUGCUCUGGCGGUGGCUAACAAAGAAACACCAUACCUUGCUGGUAAAUUGAACGUGGACGCGAUCGGACCAGUCAUUGUUGAACUUCUGGGCAGAUACGUCUGCAACGCAGAUCAGAACCUGCGCCACCUGUCGGCCCGAGCAAUAGGUCGACUGUGCAACCUGGCCGGUACACAAUUCACCAACAAAGAAGUCAAGGAUCUUAUUGAUAUGAUAGUGGCUAAUCGUGACCCUAGCGCACGUGCUGGGUGUGCGCUUGCCCUAGGUUAUAUCCAUGCCGAAGUUGGUGCAAUGGCUGCUGGUCUACACAUGAAAUCUAUCGUCGGAGUGUUACUAUCCUUGUGCAGCGAUACCCACACCACAGUACAUUACUGGGCUCUCAGAGGCUUGGUUCAGGUUGCAGAUUCAGCCGGAUUGGCAUUUUCGACCUACGCGACAAGCACCCUUGGCUUGCUGGCUCAGCUUUAUUCCAACGAUACCCAUAACGAGGAGUCUGCAUCUCAAGCAACUUCAAAUCUUGAGUUAGAACUUUUCACACCCUGGGCUCUGGCUCAGUGUGUUGACAGCAUCAUCAAUGUGAUGGGCCCUGAUCUGCAGGAUGUAUCGAAAGCGCGGAAUCUGAUCUUGAUCCUCAUCGGUUAUCUGCAAAAUGAAGCUUCACGCCGGCUGAGAUUUGAAAGUUACCAGUGCUUACGCCACCUUAUGAUGUACGCACCGGCUCACAUUCAAUUCUCAAAAUACGUCCUUGACUUGCAGGAGAAUCUUUCUUCGGAUGAAGAACUGCUCCAGUCUUCCGCCAUCAAAGGCCUCAGCGAAUUGAUGAAAAGAAAUGCUUCCGAGGUCGCCCGAGUCGCGACGUCGAAAUUGGGCGAUGACUUGUGGAGUCGUCUGGAUGAUAGUCCUCAAGACCAAUCUAUCCAAGCCAUGUUGCAGAACUGGAUGCAGCAGACCAUACUCCUUGAUACCGCCGAGUGGAUUGACAAGUGCCAAAGCAUCCUUUCCAAGACACGGGCAAAAAAUCCCCCUACUCACACAGCUACAGCUGCGGCCAAGACAGCUAUGCCAGAUCUGGCUGACGAGGAAGUCGCUGGCUUUGCUGCCGCCGCUCAGGGGGAAGCUGCAGAAGUAGUUCCAGAAGGUCAAGAAUUCCUUCGCUGGCAAACUCGGGAUUUUGCGAUGCGGUUGCUCAGCGAAUCCAUGGACAUUGUUCAAGCAGCAAUGUCGGCGGAACGGGUGAUUCACGCGGAAGAAGUUCUACAAGCAAAGGUCGCGGAGGUGGUUCGGGUCGCAUUUUCAGCAUCAACUGCCAAUGUUGUCGAGCUUCGCAUUUGGGGGUUAAGAAUUAUUGACCAGAUCCUCAAGUUGUUCGGAAAGACGCCGGAUCCCGAUUUCCUGGAAGCUUCUCUGCUAGAGCAAUAUCAAGCACAAAUCAGCUCAGCUCUGACUCCUGCCUUCGCAGCUGAUUCAUCUCCUGAACUGGCCGCCGAGGCUAUAGGCGUUUGCGCCACUUUUGUUGCGACUGGUAUCGUCACCAAUGCCGACCGCAUGGGACGCAUCUUCAAGGUGCUUUCAAUGGGCAUAGAUAACCUCACCCAGCAGACCCCAGAAGCUUCAAUCGGCGAUUUGAAGGACCUCAGUCCCAAUGCCCAAGCUAUGCUUAAGAUGGGAAUCUUGUCUGGCUGGGCUCAAUUGCAGCUGGCAAGUCACGAGCAAGCCUAUCUAGAAGAUAUUCUUCAGCCAUUCAUACCCAAACUUGCGCCUCUUUGGUUGACUUCAUUGCAAGAGUUUGCAGGCCUUCGCUUCGAACCUGAAAUUUCCGAUACCCUCGGAGGUGAAAUGGUUGGAGGCAAUCUGGAUGAGCGAUAUGCAUCGUUCAAUCGCGAAGUCCGCCUGACGUUCUAUCAGAAGACCUGGCUCAGUAUCGUCGAUGCAAUUGCGGUUCUUGUCGAGAAGGAUAGUGAGUCGGUCUUUGAUGCACUGGACAACAAACGCGUAUCUGCUGCCGACGAAGGUUCUACCAAUGGUACCGUUGUCCAAGGCAGAGAUAUGAGUUUCCGAGAAGAGCCUGUGGCAUUCUUUUUCAUUCUUUUCGGAUUGGCUUUCGAAGCUUUGGUCACCCAAGCACGAGAGGAUCCGUCUCAAGCUUUGUCAAUAUUACAAGCCCUGAGGAAGAUCCUGACACCUCAAGUAUCUGGAAAUGCUAUUUAUGAGGACGCCGUCUUCACCGAAACCACUGACACUCUGGAUCGACUUGCUCUCACCAGCACGAGAGACACACAGAGCGUUUUGGUGGAAAUCGCCAGAAAUCUCUCAAUGGACCACCUCGUCGCCAAAAGCCAGGAUCGUGACGAGAAGCUCUCGGACGACAUCGAGCAACUCUUUGAACUGACAAGGAUCAUUAUUUUGGUCUUGACGGGCCUAGUCCCGACACUUGAAGAUCCACCUGGAUCCGCCGUCCGCCGACUGGGAGAGGAUAGCGUCGGUCUCGUGCAGCUUUCUUUCCAAGCUCUCGUCGAUGUGGCUUCUGUGUUCCCAUCCAUCAUUCGCGCGGACCUACACGCCUGCAUCUUUUACAGCUAUUGCACGAUCCUCGCUACAGGUGUAUGUCAAGAUGAGGUGAUUCCUCGCAUCAUGCCCGUCUUCAAAACAUUCUUGCAAGAUGUCAUCCGGUCCUCAAACAACGAAACAGCGUCGAGAUUGGUACGUGGCUGCCUGCAUCGGAUGUUGUCGGUGUUGACAGUUGCCCAACGACGAGAAAAUGAACACGCCAUCGUCUGCGCAAAGAAUACAUUGCUGUCCAUUGCUGUCUUGAUUACGACUGCAAGCUCUGCCAUUGCAGCCAAAGAUGGACUGAUCGACAGUGCACUGUCGGAAAUGUUAGACUGUCUUCAGGAUGUCGGACUCGCCAAGAUCACUGCCGGAUGUCUGAGAUCGUUGCUCAUGACCCACCCCAAAACAGCUUGCGACGAGUAUAUCGGCAGAUUACUCUGGGGGCGACUUGUUCCAUUUGUGACGGAUCCCGAAGCCGAAGAUCCAGAAACUGUCAAAGGUCCGUUGACCCAGGCUCUUGUGGCGUCUGUUGUCACGCUCGCGGGGCCUGGACGAUUCGCUGCCAUGUCGAUUUUGAUACCUGUACUGCUGGUUCGUGCUAAACAGGUACCGCGUGGUACGAACUCGGAAGAGGUGCGCAAGGAAUGUGCCGCGAGAUUACUUGAGCUGGUUGCAACUGACCAGUCAGCUUUCAAGGUCGCUGUGGGAUUAUUGGAUGAGGAUCAACGGUCGGAUCUGGAGAGCUUGCUGAGAGCUGCUGGAGUCGGGAAGAAGCAAGAUACGACGUCGACGGAUAAUGUUGAGUCAAGACCUGCCAUUGAGCUGAGGAUGGAUUUUGGAUAAGUUGGUGAUGUAGAUAGAUUGAGAGGAUGUUAUAAACAUAGAACAAAACAAAAG